AUGUCUCCACUGACUCGCAGUGUCCUGGUGACAGGCUCCAACCGAGGAAUUGGACUGGAAUUGGUACGACAGCUGGCAGAGAUGACUGAUCCUCCAGAACACAUCUUUGCAAUGUGUCGGAACCCCAAUGGACCCCAAGGAAAGAGCCUUCGUGACUUGGCUGCCAAGCACCCCAACAUUCAUGUGGUCCAGCUAGAGGUGGUGGACCAGUCCAGCGUGAAGGCAGCGGUGUCCGUGGUGGAAUCCCAUCUGAAAAGUAAAGGCCUGAAUUUGCUCAUCAACAAUGCAGGCGUGAACUCCUAUGCCACACUGCAAACCGUGGAACAGCAAGAGAUGCUGUCCGUUUUCAACACCAAUGUAGUGGGUCCCAUCCUUGUGGUACAGGGAUUCCUGCCUCUGCUGAAGAGGGCAGCCAAGGAGACAGCAACAGAGGGGAUGAGCUGUGCUAAAGCCGCCAUCAUCAAUUUAACCACCAAAUUGGCCUCCAUUCAACGGGGUUUUGAAGUCACAGAGAGCCCAUUGUACCCAUACCGUGCAAGCAAGGCUGCCUUGAAUAUGGUCACUGCAUGCCUUGCUCUGGAACUGAAAGGGGACGGGAUCUUGUGCACUGUGAUCCAUCCUGGCUGGGUGAAAACAGACAUGGGAACAGAGAAGGCGCCCUUGACGGUGCAGUGCAGCGUGGAAGGCAUCCUCAAAGUGCUUGCGAAUUUAUCGUCAUCAUCCACAGGAGCCUUUCUGGACUGGGAAGGAAACAGCCUCCCCUGGUGA